ACGUUCCCUAGAAUAAUAGAACCAAAAAGAAAUGGAGAUAUGGUUACUCAUUUUGGCCUCUCUCUCCAUAUCUCUCCUUCUCAAUCUCCUCCUCCUUCGUCUCCGUGACUCUUCCUCUCUUCCGUUACCACCUGACCCUAACUUCUUCCCUUUCGUUGGAACCCUCCAGUGGCUCCGGCAAGGCUUAGGUGGUCUCGACAGCUAUCUCCGCUCCGUCCACAACCGUCUAGGUCCAAUCAUCACUCUCCGCAUCACUUCCCGCCCCGCCAUCUUCGUCGCCGAUCGUUCUCUCGCUCACCAGGCUCUAGUCUUGAACGGCGCCGUUUUCGCUGAUCGUCCACCGGCGCCUCCGGUCAGCAAGAUCGUUUCUAGCAACCAACAUAACAUCAGCUCUUGUUUGUACGGAGCCACGUGGCGGCUUCUCCGCCGUAAUCUCACCUCUGAGAUUCUCCACCCGUCGCGCGUGGGAUCUUACACUCACGCGCGGCGGUGGGUUCUUGAGAUCCUCUUUGAUCGAUUUCGUAAGAACAGAGGUGAAGAACCGAUCCUUGUGGUUGAUCAUCUUCACUAUGCAAUGUUUGCACUUCUUGUCCUCAUGUGUUUUGGUGAUAAGCUCGACGAGAAGCAAAUCAAACAGGUGGAAUAUGUUCAGAGGAGACAGCUUCUUGGGUUUACUAGGUUCAACAUCCUUAAUCUCUGGCCUAAGUUCACUAAACUGAUUCUGCGAAAGAGAUGGGAAGAGUUUUUCCAGAUGAGGAGAGAGCAGCACGACGUUUUGCUUCCGCUGAUUCGUGCUCGGAGGAAGAUUGUUGAAGAGAGGAAGAAGAGAUCACCAGAGGAAGAGGAAGACAACAAAGAGUAUGUACAGUCAUAUGUUGAUACUCUGCUCGAUGUGGAGCUUCCAGAUGAGAAGAGGAAGUUGAACGAGGACGAGAUUGUGAGUUUGUGCUCUGAGUUUCUCAAUGCCGGGACUGAUACAACAGCCACGGCGCUGCAGUGGAUCAUGGCCAACCUCGUCAAGAACCCGAAUAUCCAGAGGAGACUGUACGAGGAGAUCAAAAGCGUAGUUGGGGAAGAAGAAGCGAAGGAAGUGGAAGAAGAAGACGCGCAGAAGAUGCCGUAUCUCAAGGCGGUGGUGCUGGAGGGUCUCCGGAGGCAUCCUCCGGGACACUUUGUGCUACCGCAUAGUGUCACGGAAGACACCGUAUUGGGAGGGUACAAGGUUCCGAAGAAGGGGACGAUUAAUUUCAUGGUGGCAGAGAUAGGGAGGGAUCCAAAGGUGUGGGAGGAACCAAUGGCGUUCAACCCGGAGAGGUUUAUUGGGGCCCAAGAAGAAUCGGUGGACAUAACCGGCAGCAGGGGGAUAAAGAUGAUGCCGUUUGGAGCUGGAAGGAGGAUAUGUCCAGGGAUUGGGCUAGCAAUGCUGCAUCUCGAGUAUUAUGUGGCGAAUAUGGUGAGGGAGUUUGAGUGGAAAGAGGUCCAAGGUCAUGAGGUUGACUUGACUGAGAAGCUCGAGUUCACCGUCGUCAUGAAACACCCGCUUAAGGCUCUUGCUGUGCCUAGGAGAAGUUACUAGCUACUACUCUUCUACUUCGCUUUGUCGCGCGUUUUAUAGGUUAUAUUUGAUGUUAUUUGCAUUUUGUUCGGUGAAGUCUACUAUGGAACCAAAUUUUAGUGAAGGGAGUACAUUUUUUGUACUUUGGAAUAAAUGAUAUAAAGUAACAACAAGAUUUUAUUUUCUU